AUGAAGUUCAAUCUAAUUGCUCUUCCUAUUGUCUUUGCGACGGUUUCUGCCAAUGCACUCGUUGGCUAUGACCACGAACUUAAGCGCCGCUCGACAAUCUCAGUCCGUAGCGGCUGCAGACUGGCAACUUUGACUCAGACUCAAACCAUCACCACCGUGUUAACCACCGUCGUCACCGUGGAGUCAAUCUUCUGCAAUGGCGCCUUAAAACCUACCUCGAGUACUAUACGACCAAUCCCGGCCCCAAUCAAAGUCGAAGUCCCCAUAGAAACCCCGCCCCCCACUUCUUCAAGGCCACGGCCGGAGUCCCCCACGUCUGUCAAAAUCUGUCCUUACCCCCCAUUCACUUUUACAAUCCCUAAGGAGUCAGAUCCAUCUCCAACCGGGAAGCCUUCGACCGAGGAAACCCCUGUCGACGAAGAAGUUCCCACCGACGAGGUUCCUAUCGACGAACCCCCUACUUCUACAGUAUUACUUGACGGCGCUUGCGUAACUAGGACCACCGAAAUAGUAUCCGACAAGAAAACUAUCACCACGGUUACAACAGCUUGUCCUUAUCCUGACCGAAAGACUUCUGUCUCUAGAUCUCCAAUCCCAAUCAAGAAAACUCGACAAGAUUCAACUACGACCCCGAUUGCAAUGAUUCCAAAACCAACACCGUACGGGAAAGGAACGGGUUGUCCACCGUCCAAAAUACAGAAGUUUUCUCCAACCUGUCUGGGAGAGAGAAAGAAGAAAUGUAAAACACCUUGCACGUCAACAGUUACCGUCACAUCUGCUGGUGCCUGUUCGUGUAUCGGAGCCAAGGCACUGGUUACGGGUACUACAUUAGGACCAAUAAUGUGUCCUGACUAUUGCGGAUGUCAGACUUCAACUACGUGGCAGUUCCCUGCGGCUUGUAAAACGCUGAAGCCGAAGCCGCCGCCUAAGCCAACUAUGGACGACGAAGAAGAUGGAUAUGGCAGUGGUGGAUAUUAG